AUGGAGGGCCAUGGUAGGGCUUCCAUUUUUCCCGGUGAUGCGAGGACGAAGAAGAACAUGGCCGCUGCUAGAAAGAGCAUCCGCCCCACGGGCACAACAGCCAUGGAGUCGGACGAGGAGGAGGACGAAGUGGGCGAACUCACGGAACUCUUGACGCCCGAAGAGGUUCUCAAAGGCUUCUCAAAGCGUCGACUGACAUCGUUGUACUCGGAACAACAGGACAGUAGCCGUCGUGGAUCCGUGGGCGGCAUGUCGACCCUGGCCAUCGAAACAGAGCUGGGCAAACUGCAAAUGUUCAGUGGUUGCAGCCAAGAACUUCUGGCUGACUUGAGUCAUGCGGCUCAAAGCCAGAUGGCUGCAGAUGGUUUGGUGAUUCACGGGAAGGGCGACCACUCAGAUGCAAUGAUGAUCGUCCUGCGUGGUUGCGUUGGUGUUUGCGUGGGUGACGAGUGUAUCAUGCAACUUCGGAAGGGCGACCAUCUGGGUGAGACUCUGUUCCUAGCAGUGGAAGAUUACUGGUCGGUGCAGCUGGUUGCUCAGGACCUUUGUAUGGUCUGCGAAAUCAGCCGUGACGACCUGAUGACGGUGCUGAAGGAACAUCCUGCAGACAAAGAGCUGCUGAACCCGUAUUUAUCACAGCCACCGCACGUGCAUCUCCUCACGUCCGAGCGGAUGCUUCAGAUGCCUCUGUUUGCAGGUCUAUCGGAAGCUGCUUGGGAGGCCUUUCGCGAUGGCAUGCUGCGACGGAUCUUCUUCCCUGGAGAACAACUUCUUUCGCCGCUGGCCAAGAACAACGACCUGGUCCUUCUGGCCCGUGGCGCCGUCAGCAUUGACAUUGCAGGUCGCACCAUCCGUGUAGAGCGGCGAGGGGAAUCCUUACGUGGACUUUCUCAGAGGGAAGGCAUGGAAAUGGAUAUGAUCAGCCCAGACGACGCACUACAUCCUGCUGUCUUUGGUGAUGUCGAGUUCCUGGGGCUCAACGAGGAGAGGGUCUCAAGCAUCAAGGCGGAUGCUGAAUGCCACUGCUGGCUCCUUUCUCGUAGCACCUUGACCAAAGCCUUCAACGCACCCGAAACCGACAGCCUCUUGUGGGACCUGGGCCGCCUCGUCACCGAGCCGGGAAGAGUGGCAUUUGCCAAGCUUCGCGUCCUGAACAUUUUCGAUGAAGCAGGGUGCAGUCAAGAAUUCUUGCAGUACCUCCAGGAUCACUUUGAACCUCGAAUCUAUUUGCAAGGAAAAACCAUUUGUGACUUCGAAUUGCCUGCUGGAACUCGUGUGAUGCAUAUCGUGACCAAUGGUGUCGCUUCCACCUUGUCGGAAGACGAGAGGCUUCGCACUUUGUCGGCCAACACGACCUUCGGCAUGAUGGCUGCUUUGGGCAUCCCACCGCGCCCGGAGCGGGUCAAAAAGGUCCUGGCGGUGGAGCAUAGCAGCUGUCAGCUGCUGCAUCAGGCGGUGGUGGUGCGGGCGCUGGAGCUCUUCCCGGAUCAGCGGAUGAAGGUGCUCAUGCUGUCCAAUGGCGGUCAGGAGACAGAUGCGCAAGACUUGAUUGGCCGCAUCCAGGAAUCGCCAUUUUUCUGCAAUACGCACCCCGACUUCGUCCGAGAGUUGGCAAACUCUGCGGUGGACCGUAUUUUCAUGCCGGGUGAUCUGGUGGUGAACGAAGGCGAGAGUGGCAAUUCCAUGUUCGUUUUGCUCAAUGGCUCUGCAGAUGUGUACGUCAGUGACAAAAAAAAUCAGGAUAAAGGCCAUGACAAGAAAGCCGAAGCGAAGAAGAUCAAAAAUAUGAUCCGCGUGGGACAUUUGGCCGCUGGAGCCAUCGCAGGUGAGUUGGCCAUGCUGGGAAUCUCUCAGACCAGAUCUGCCAGCAUCCAGGCGGCCACGCUGUGUGUCUUUUGGGAGGUCACGCAGGAGCGGGCCAUGAUCAUCCUGGACCGUUUUCCGGAAGAGCGGCAGCUCUUUAGCUCUGUGAUUGUUCAGAACCUGGACCUGACGGUGCCGGGACGGUUGAUGAGUUUGCCUCUCUUCAAAACCUUUGACCGAAAGUUCCGGAAUCUGCUGGGACUCUAUUCUGAGAGACAUGCCUUCUUCCCGGAUCAUACUGCGACGCGUGAGGGAGAAGUUGGUGACAAGCUUUGGAUCAUGAACUCGGGACCUGUGAUGUUGACCAAGAAGGGCUUCAGGGUGAAGAUGUAUUUGCCUGGCACCCACUUCGGCUGUGACAACAUGUUGGGGUUGUCGCGCAAUUACAUGGGCACGCUGGUGGCCAUGACAGUAUGCCAUGUGCUCGCUCUGUCCCGUCAGUCGUACCUGCAUGCACUGGAACAGUAUCCAUCCAAGAGCGCGCAUCAGAAGUUGGUCAAGACCCAAAAACGCGAAACUGCUGAGCUGCGCGAGAUGCUGGAUCGGGUGGCCGUCCGCAAAGGUGUUUGGCAGCGCUAUCAGGGCGAGUUGGCUGGAGCACUGGGCAUGAAUCAGACGCCAGACGACGAGCUGAUCCGUCGAGUGGUCAAGGGCUGGCACGACCAAGUGCGAGUGCUUCGGGAGAAGCGUUUGCAGAAUGCGAUUCGCCAUGAAGACAUGCUCCAAAAAUUGGAAGGAUUCAAGCAGAAACUUGCAGAUGGAAAGCAGCGAAUCCAGCAGCGAUCCAAGCUGAAGGAGCUGUUGAAGUGGAACCUCACAGAACGAGGGCCACUGAAGUACAUGGAGGAGUCGAAAAAACCAGAUCCUGUGAUGCAGUCGAAUCUGGAAAAGAUCCAGGCUUGGCAAGUCGCCUCGGAUCCCUGGGCAGAUGAAAGCAGUUGGCCGGAGACAGCACAGCAACAUGAGAUGCUGAAGGACUGGCCGCGACCGAGACCUAACCCUCACUACCGCCUGCACGUGUGGGAUGUGGUCAGGCAGGAGCUUCGCUCCCAAGAGAGUGGCCCGCCUAGCCGCAUGCUCCCAUUACUGGGCACCAAAGGGAAGAGGAACGAAGAUGAUUUGCUUCCAAAAGGUCCAGAGACUUCAGGCCCGAAAAAAUCGGCUGCAGCUGGCAAGUUCCGCACCGGAGUGAAGGCAGUCCUGUUGACGCGUUUGCUGAGUGCACGCCCAACCGUUGCGGCCGCAAAGGCGACGGCUGCUGAUCUGGCAGGGGAACUGCAACCUCAACUCCACCGGAAGGCCGAGUAA